CCCAUGACCCACAACGCCUCUUCUGUAAUCUCUCUCUACAUUCUCUCUAGAACCCGAAUUUCUCUGACUCCCACCUCACACGAUUGAGUCCCACUUUGCUCCUCCUCUGCAAUCUCUCUCUCAAUUUCAACUCUUAGAGAGAGAGAGUAUUUGAACUUUUUCUUCAAAGCUCUAGACUUAUAUUGGUUGAUGAAGAAGAGCUUCUGAAGCUACUUGAGAUGUGCUGAUGGCUAGCAUUGGUGGUGGUUAUAGAAAUGGUACUCAAAAGGGCACUGUGACCAAGUCUGCUUCGUCUUCUUUCAAAUCCAAGCCCUCCUCUGCCACUUCCGGUCCCCGCCGCAACAGCACCGGUUCUCUAGGCGGUGCCUCCACCGCUGCUUCCAAGGACGAUUCUAAAGUUCUGGGGAGAGUCCGAGUUGCUGUGAGACUACGGCCGCGAAAUGCAGAAGAGUCAGUGGCAGAUGCUGAUUUUGCUGAUUGUGUGGAAUUGCAGCCUGAGCUCAAAAGGUUAAAACUUCGAAGAAACAACUGGGACUCAGAUACGUACGAGUUCGAUGAAGUGCUUACUGAAUUUGCUUCACAAAAACGUGUUUAUGAAGUCGUGGCAAAGCCUGUGGUUGAGAGUGUUCUGGAUGGUUACAAUGGGACAAUCAUGGCAUAUGGGCAGACUGGCACUGGAAAAACUUACACACUUGGGCGACUGGGAGAAGAAGACACAGCUGCUCGCGGAAUAAUGGUGCGCGCAUUGGAGGAUAUUUUUGCAGAAAUUUCUCCAGAGACCAAUUCUGUCUCUGUCUCCUAUUUGCAGCUGUACAUGGAGAGUAUACAGGACCUUCUUGAUCCUGCUAAUGAUAACAUAUCCAUCACGGAAGAUCCAAAAACAGGAGAUGUUUCUCUACCUGGAGCUACCCUAGUAGAAAUCAGGGACCAAAAGAGUUUCUUGGAACUACUAAGAUUAGGGGAAGCUCACCGCUUUGCUGCUAACACCAAGUUGAACACGGAAUCUUCUCGUAGUCAUGCCAUUCUGAUGGUAAAUGUCAAGAGGUCUGUGAAGGGAAGAGAUUCUGCUAUUUCAAGCGAAAAUGGUAACACGUCCCACAUGGUUAAAACUUUAAAGCCUCCUGUAGUUCGGAAAGGCAAACUAGUAGUGGUAGAUCUUGCAGGUUCAGAGCGUAUUGAUAAGUCAGGAAGUGAAGGACAUACUUUAGAGGAAGCUAAAUCUAUCAAUCUUUCUUUAAGUGCACUAGGGAAAUGUAUAAAUGCACUGGCAGAGAAUAGUCCACAUGUUCCAGUCCGUGACUCAAAGCUUACAAGAUUGCUUCGAGAUUCAUUUGGAGGCACCGCGAGGACUUCACUUGUAGUUACUAUUGGUCCAUCUCCACGCCAUCGAGGAGAGACAGCAAGUACCAUAAUGUUUGGACAAAGGGCUAUGAAGGUGGAAAAUAUGUUGAAAAUAAAGGAAGAGUUUGAUUACAAAAGUUUGUCCCGAAGGCUUGACAUACAAUUAGACAAACUUAUUGCUGAACAUGAAAGGCAGCAGAAAGCAUUUCAGGAUGAGAUUGAAAGAAUAGCUACAGAAGCACAGAAACGUAUUACCGAGGCUGAAAGAAGCUAUGGUGAUGCAUUGGAGAAGGAAAAACUAAAAUAUCAGAAAGACUACACAGAGUCAUUGAAGAAGCUCGAGGAGCAAUGGGUAAAGGACCAACAAAAGCAAGUUAGUGAGAGAACCACAAUUAAACUCAAAGAUGAUAGCGUUGACAAAAUGUCUAGCAGAGAGGUCCCUGCAGUGUCUUUUGUGGAGGAAGUUGAUGCGAUUAAAAUGUUGCUUCAGAAUGAAACUCUUUUAAAGAAGGCUGCGGAAGAGGAAAUCAAUAAUCUUAAAAAUCAAGUAGCACAAUGGAAAAGGUCGGAGGCAGCAGGAAAUUCUGAGAUCGUAAAGCUUCGCAAGUUGCUGGAAGAUGAGGAACGCCAGAAACAGAAACUUGAAGAAGAAAUAGCAAUUCUAAAAAGUCAGCUAUUGCAAAUGAGUUUUGAAGCUGACGAGACAAGAAAAAGACUUGAUGUAGGUGGGACAUUGACAGUCCCCAGUGCUCUAGAUUCUCUCAUGCAUCAAGUUAGCCAUCCACAGAUCAAAGAUUCAGCAGAUGGAGAGAAGGCCUCGAUAGCCAAACUCUUUGAACAAGUGGGAUUGCAAAAGAUUUUGUCAUUGCUUGAAGCAGAAGAUGCUGAUGUCCGCAUUCAUGCUGUUAAAGUUGUUGCAAAUCUUGCAGCUGAAGAAGCAAAUCAGGAAAGGAUUGUAGAAGCCGGUGGUCUCACAUCCUUGUUGAUGCUUCUUAGGAGAUUUGAGGAUGAGACCAUACACAGAGUUGCAGCAGGUGCAAUUGCGAAUCUUGCGAUGAAUGAAACCAACCAGGAGCUUAUAAUGUCACAAGGAGGCAUUACUUUGUUGUCGAUAACUGCAGCCAAUGCUGAGGACCCUCAAACUCUUCGCAUGAUUGCUGGAGCCAUAGCUAAUCUUUGUGGCAAUGACAAGUUACAGAUGAAGCUGAGAGGUGAAGGUGGUAUCAAGGCUUUACUAGGAAUGGUUAGAUGCAGGCAUCCGGAUGUUUUGGCUCAAGUUGCUCGUGGAAUUGCAAACUUUGCAAAAUGCGAAUCCAGGGCUUCUGCUCAAGGGACCAAGGCUGGCAAGUCUCUUCUGAUUGAAGAUGGUGCACUGCCUUGGAUUGUACAAAAUGCUAAUAAUGAUGCCUCGCCAAUCAGGCGCCACAUUGAGCUUGCACUAUGCCAUUUAGCGCAACAUGAAGUGAAUGCCAAGGACAUGAUUAGUGGAGGUGCCUUGUGGGAGCUUGUUCGUAUCUCGCGGGAUUGUUCACGAGAGGACAUAAGGACUCUUGCACGCCGAACGCUAACUUCAAGCCCUGCAUUCCAGGGUGAACUGAAGCGGCUAAGGAUAGAUUAUGGAUGAUGUGUGGAUUAAUGGCAAUGGAAGAAAGAUGUGGGGUAUAAUAUUAAGUUAAGAUUGUCAACUGAAGUUGGUGGUUUGCACUAGAGUGACGGUUCAUGCGAUCUUAUUUAAGUUUUUAUUAACAGUGGGUGGGCUUGAUUUUGUAGCCUUAUUUGUUGUAUCCGAGAAGAAAUCCAUUAUUUGUUAAUCAUUUUCUCGGUCAGAAUGCUAUUCGUUAUAUUUUCUUUAGGUUUCCUGAGCCAGAGCAUCCAUUGUCUAGGUUUUAAUUGUUGUAUAAAUUGAUUUGUAUAUGAAAUGAAGCAGAGGAAGAAAUUGGAUCUUGUAGAAUAAUUUAUAUAGUGAAUCAUGUUGUUGGCAUCAA